AUGCAGGCCAUGCCCCCAUAUCAAGCUCAGUCAGGCUAUGAAAGCAAGCCCUACUACUCAGCCGCGCCUCCAAACCACUCCCAGUACGCACCGCAGACGCCGAUGACACAGUCCGGCCUCUCCAGCUAUGGACAAACGCUGCCAAAUGUGAACUACUUGAAGAACGACAUGGCGCCUCCAACAGGUCGGGCUCCUGGUGCUCCUGAGAGCGAUAACACUGAUCUCAAAUCUGAUCGCUACUCCCAGAGCAAUGGUCCCGGUGAUUCAGUCUCGGAGCAGGAACCGGAGUACCUGCAAGAUCAAGGGACCGGCUAUAACCCCAACCGUGGCUCGUAUACCUACACCACGAAUCCUUCCCAAAACGGCUCAGGCCGAAUGACCCCCCGAACCAGCGGUGGUCCUCCACCUCACUGGGCCUCUGGGUAUAACACUCCCCCUCGGCCCCCGGCCGCCACUACCCUGUAUAAUGCAGUCAGCGAUACCCGUGGCACGCCCGCGAAUGGUGCCUCUGACCCAUACUCCAUGGCGUCCACUACCACCCCGGUAUACUCUACCUCGAUGGGUGGCUCCCUGGGCUCAGGCAGCAAGCGCAUGCGCGAGGACGACGAUGUGAUCCGACCCGAAAGCGGCGGCGAGUAUGAAAGCAAGCGCCGCAAGACCAUCACUGACGCAAGCCUUGGUGGUCCCGUAGGCGCUGCCCCGAUCUUGCAGCCCAUGAAGACUGGUGCAGUCAUGGCGCGCCGUCGAUAA